AGGUGACUGCGCAAGUUCGACUUCUGACGAAUGUCAACUUGCUCACGGUAAAUCUGGCCAGCUGACAUACAUUAUACCGCUGGAUUUUGCUGUGCAAAGGAUCGUAUAAAUCACCGUAUCCAAUAUUGAUGAACACGUCAGCGCGCCAAGGGCUCUUCCGCGCUUUCCAUUCGCCAUCUGACCCUCUCCAUAUAUAGGCACUCACUCGUCAGCUUGAUACACUUCGAACACUUUCAUCGUACCUACCCAUCGAAGCUUACCACUCAUCUACACCAUCAACAUCAUGUCAGACCCUUACGGAUAUCAAAACCAGAACCAAGGCCAAUACGGCUACCAACCCCCACAGCAAGGAUAUGGAGGCUACCAGCAAGGCGGCUACCAGCAAGGACCUCCUCCACCUCAAUACGGCAACAACCAGUAUGGCGACAACCAAUACAACCAGCAGUAUGGUGCUCCAGCCCACGGUGGAUUCCAGCACGGCCAGUAUGGCGAGUCGCAGUACGGUGGACCUGCCCCGCCUCAGCACCAAGCAUACGGUCAAUACCCUCAGAGCGACCCAUCUCACCAGUUCCCUCAACAAGGAGCCUACAACCAGAACCCCCCACCUCAAGAUCCCAACAACCCUUACGCAGCUCAGCAACAUAACCAAUAUGGCCCCACCGACCCAGCUGCAGGCCAAGAGGGCGAUCGCGGUCUUAUGGGUGCGGUAGCCGGGGGACUCGGCGGUGGUCUGCUUGGACACAAGGCCGGUCACGGCAUCAUCGGUACUCUUGCCGGCGCCUUCAUGGGUAGCAAAGCUGAGGACAAGCUCAAGGAAAGCCGCCAUGAGAAGCAGUACGAGCAACAGUACCAGCAAGGCGGCUACGGUCAACAAGGCCAGCACCACGGUCACCACAACUCGCACCACAACCAGAAGUGGUAGAGACACCUUAACGGCCUGUAACUAUUUGAUUUUCCUAAUGAUCGCUUUUGGAGUUUUUGGCUAGGAGGUUACGCCAUGUGGGGGAUCUGCUUUUGGGAUAUCAAACUCGGCCGAGUAUGUGGUGAUGGUCACUGCGGCACGGAGUAGUUCUCUUUCCUUGCACUGAUCCUCACCUUUGCGACUCAAGCAAUAUGAAUUACUAUUCUUAAUCUG